AUGGAAGAAUCCAACCAGAAGGCACACCACACGGACAUGUAUAACAGCUCUGAGCUAAUACUGAGAAGAGGACAGUCCUUCCGGAUAACGCUGGAAUUUAGCAAACCUCUGAAUGAUUGGCAGAGCAUUGUGUUUACUGCACAAACCGGUCCACCGGAUGCACAAGCCCAUAACACUACAGCGCAGUUUGCCUUGUCUAAUUCAUGGACCAGUGGGUUGUGGAGUGCUGUGCUAGAAUCUAGCCCUGGAAAUUCUCUACAAGUUAUUAUGUGCAGCCCAGCGAAUGCAAUCAUAGGGAGAUACCGCCUCUCUGUUAGCAUCGCUAUCAUGGGAGAAAUAUCCACAUACUCGCUUGGGCAAUUUAUCCUGCUUUUUAAUCCCUGGUGCCUAGAUGAUGAUGUAUAUAUGGCCAAUGAAGAUGAGCGGCAGGAGUAUGUGCUAAAUGAUCAUGGUAUCAUUUUCAUGGGAAAUGAGAAACAUGUAGUUCCUCUAGGAUGGAAUUAUGGCCAAUUUGAAAGAAACAUUCUGAGUAUCUGUAUGGACAUUCUGGACAGAAGCUUAAACUACCAGGCAGAUCCAGCAACCGAUUGCUCCCAAAGAAACAGUCCUAUAUAUGUGGGGAGAGUUAUCAGUGCUAUGAUCAAUAGCAAUGAAGAUUAUGGAGUACUGGAGGGAAAGUGGGAAAAAGACUUCUCGGAUGGCGUAGACCCAAAUCAUUGGAAUGGAAGUGUUGAGAUUCUUUGGACCUGGCAGCGUGAUGAAUAUAAGCCGGUAAAAUAUGGCCAGUGCUGGGUCUUUGCUGCUGUUAUGUGCACAGCGCUCAGAUGUCUGGGCAUUCCAACCAGGGUCAUCACAAAUUUCAACUCCGCCCACAACACGGACGCAAACAUGAAUGUGGAUCUGCACUAUGAUGCAGAAGGAAAAUUUCUGGAGACGUCAGAUGACAGCAUAUGGAACUUCCAUGUCUGGAACGAGUCCUGGUUUAUGCGUAGAGACCUUGGUUAUUUCUACAGUGGCUGGCAGGUUCUGGAUUCAACUCCUCAAGAGCAAAGCCAAGGAAUCUAUCGCUGUGGUCCGUCCUCUGUCAUCGCCGUGAAGGAGGGUGACGUUCAUCUGGGGUACGAUACUCCGUUUGUGUUUGCGGAAGUGAAUGCAGAUCGGGUUACCUGGAUUCUGCAUAAGGAUGGCAGCAAAGAGAAAGCACAUAGUGACACCAAAUACGUUGGUCAAUGCAUCAGCACCAAGGCUGUGGGCAGCGAUACUCGUAUAGAUGUUACACAUAAUUACAAAUAUCCAGAAGGCUCUCCAGAAGAAAGGGAGGUGUUUGAGAAAGCCAGCAGAAAUAUGGGAUAUUACAGGCCUCCGCCAGAGCAAAUCGGUAACAGACACAAUACAACGAAUAACAGAAUUAGGAAUGAGCCACCCAUGAGACCUGUAUCACCUGCAGGGCCUAACUUACCGGAAACACCUUUAGGAUAUACACAACCUUCAACCCCUGCAAGAAACGCGUCGCCUUCAACCCCUGCAAGAAAUGCGUCGCCUUCAACCCCUGCAAGAAACGCGUCGCCUUCAACCCCUGCAAGAAACGCAUCGCCUUCAACCCCUGCAAGAAACGCGUUCCCCCCGACACCUACAAGAAAUUCAUUACCUUCUUCACCUACACGAAAUGUAUUUCCUCCAACGCCUGAAAGAAACACAUCAUCUCCAAGCGUACUAUCUCCAUCCCCUCGCAGAAAUGCUGUAUCUCCAUCACGUGAGGGAAGUGCAUUACCUCCAAGACCAACAGAUGGAUUUCGUGUAACACCCACCAUACCUCCCCUUGAGGGUCCAGAUAUUUCUGGGAAGUUUAAGCUUCUCAGCCCUCUAGUUGUUGGGGAUGAUAUUAACCUUCUUCUCUUUUUAAAGAACCUUACUCCCUACCACAGACCCGUGAAAGUAAAUCUGAGCGCCUCUUGCAUUCUGUACACAGGAAGACGGGUUAACGACAUAUUUACUGAUCAAAAGUCAUUGAUUAUAAGUCCAAGUCAAGAUGCACAUAUCUCCCUGCAGAUUCCAUAUUCCCACUACCAAGGGUGUUUAAAUAAUGGAAAUAUGAUCCAGGUGGUGGCACUGUGUGAAUUACCCUUUGGUGAGAAAGUUCUUAUAACAAAGGAUCUAGUUCUGGAAAACCCACCCAUUUACAUUAAGGUCCUUGGGGCAGCAGUGCACCAGCAGACAAUGACACUUGAGAUCCGUUUCACAAAUCCUCUAACUGUGGCAGUUAAAGAUUGUUACCUUGUGGUUGAAGGCAGCGGCCUGGUAGAUGGACAACUUUCAGCAGUGGUGCCUUUCCUCAAACCUAAAGAGAAAAUAAGGUUCAAGGUGGAGCUAACACCUUACAGGACCGGCAUAAGACAACUUAUAGUGAAUUUCAAAUGUAAAUACUUUUCAAUUAAAGGAUACAAGCAGCUGGAAGUAGUGUCCUUUUAA